UACAUUAAUUAAAGGAAUCCAAAGCAAAGCCCAGGAGCCAAGAAGACUGACAUUGAUACAAAGCCCAGGAGCCAAGAAGACUGACAUUGAUAGACACAGUCUCCAGGAAUUAGCCAACUGAACAUUUCUAAUUGGAAGCUCUUCCCGCAGCCUACAGGAUGAGAGGGGAGUUGGUUUAAGGUGCCCAUUGUCUCCAAGGUGGACUGUUUCUCCGGGAGUGGCUGAGAUCUCUUCAUUGCCAACGCACCUAUGGGACUAAACUGUUCAAAGGAUUAAAAGAAUUCUGGGGCUUGAGAAUCAAAAUGGUCCUAUGUUGGAAAGAUUGGCAAGAGGAAAGCUCAUGUGAGAUAAAUUUUCGGCAGAAAAAAAGGAUUAAGGAGCUGCCUCUCCUUAAGUAUGCACAGAUGAAUCGCACAAGGGCUCUAAAGAAGCUUCUGACUUUGGAGACCAUUGACCCACUAAUAAGAGGUGCCGUUGGAGAGACUGCGCUACAUCUUGCUGUGCUCCACAAUAAUCUGGAGUCUGUGAAGAUUCUGCUAGAACAUACACCAGAGCUCGUCAACCAGCCCAUGACAUCUGACCUUUACAAAGGUGAGACGGCGCUGCACAUUGCUGUAAUGCGUCAAAAUCUGGCAAUUGUGCAAGAGCUGAUACAGAAUGGUGCCAACGUGUCCAUGCCACGGGCAGUCGGAACGUACUUCCAGCUCAAACUCAACUCCUUCUAUUAUGGAGAACACAUUCUUUCCUUUGCUGCCUGUGUGGGGAAUGCAGAGCUGGUCCGAUUAUUACUGCAACAUGGAGCCGAUGCAGAGGCCAAGGAUUCCCAUGGAAACACCAUCCUCCAUAUUCUGGCCUUACAGCCCAACAAAAUGUCAGCCUGUCAGAUGUAUGACCUCAUCCUGGGCCAUCACAAGGAGAAGUUUGGGCCCGGUUUAGAAGAGAUCACCAACAAUGAUGGGCUGACCCCACUGAAGAUGGCGGCAGUGGAAGGUAACACUGUGAUGUUCCAGCACAUUGUACAGAAGAGGAGACAACUGCAGUGGACAUUUGGUCCCAUUAGCUGCUAUCUUUAUGACCUGACAGAGAUCGACGUAUGGGGGGAUCCCAAGUCUGUAUUGGAUCUGGUGGUCGCUGCAAAAAAAAAGGAGGCUCGUCGGAUUUUGGAUCUUUCUCCAGUCCAGGAGCUGGUCCAUAGAAAAUGGCAGAGGUCUGGUCGGCCAUAUUUCUGGACAUUGGCCUUUAUCUACAUUCUUUACAUGAUUAUCGUCUCUCUCGCCUGUGCCAACCGACCCCUUAAACCAAGACCGGACAACAUAACUAAUCCAAGAGAUAUCACCUUGUUGAUCCAAAAAUCUCUAAAUGAAUCAUACCUCACUUCUGAAGACCACCUCCGCCUGGCAGGAGAAAUCAUUAGUGUUAUUGGGGCAAUUGUACUUUUAUUUCUCAAGAUUCCGGACCUGUUUCAGAUAAGAGAUCCAAAGGACCUAACACAAGCUGUUCAUGGAAGACCAUUCACGCUUAUCAUAAUCGCCUUGCCUUGUUUUGUGCUUGUGACCCUGGUUCUCCGACUGACAGACACGGAUGGAGAGGUGGUGCCGAUGUGCAUAUUACUUGUGCUUGGCUGGUGCUAUGUCAUGUAUUUUGCACGUGGAUUCCAAAUGCUUGGACCUUUCACCAUCAUGAUCCAUAAAAUGAUUUUUGGAGACUUGCUACGGUUUUGCUGCCUGAUGAUUGUGGUAAUUUUUGGAUAUACAACUGCUUUUUACAUUAUCUUCCAGACAGAAGAUCCCAACCAGUUUGGAUGGUUCUAUGACUACCUUGUGUCGAUUUUCAGUACAUUUGAGUUGUUCCUCAACGUCAUCAACUCCCCCACCAACGAUGCCGUGAACCUUCCAAACAUUUUCUAUAUUUUAUAUUUUUCCUUCGCCAUCCUCACCAACCUCCUGAUGCUGAAUCUGCUGAUCGCCAUGGUGGGAGACACUCACUGGAGGGUGGCACAGGAGAGAGAUGAGCUGUGGAGAGCUCAGGUUGCUGCAACCACAGUGAGGCUGGAGAGAAAGCUUCCCCGAUUUCUCUGGGCUCGAUCAGGCUUUUGUGGUAGAAAAUAUGGAUUAGGAGACCAUUGGUACUUACAGGUGGUGGUAAGAAAGGACCUCAAUCAACAGAAGAUCCGUCGUUAUGUGGAAGCUUUCCAAGGACAAGAAGAAAACAAAUUCUCAGACAAGGAAACACUAAAUGACUUUACGGAAGACCAAAUUGUAAAGUCACAUCUGCCCAAAUUGAUGGUGACUGAGGCAGACGAACCAGCGAGUACCUCAUAUGAGCAAUUAAAGACUUCUCAAACACCAAGUGGGUUGCUACAUGAGGAAACAGCGAGCAUACCAAGUGCUUCACAUAUGGAUCCCUUGGUAAUACCACAAGAAAGCAUGGAACUGUCUAGGCCUGGACUUCAGUCUUUAGAACGUGAAGUGCCAGUGGUUAGGAAGGCCAGUGGACGUGGCUGGAAAAUCCUAAGGUCAAUUCCGUUACAAAGAUUACAAGUACAAACCUCUGCAUUCAUCCACAGUGAGGAGGAUGAGGAAAUACACCAUGGGGGUUAUUUACCAUAACUGGAGAGUGGAAAAU